AUGUCACAACAGAAAGUCUGUGGAUCUAUAUGCGAACCUCGAACCACACAGGAUAUCCCUGUGUCCGAGCUUCAUUUAAGAGCUUUGCAUUGGAUCAAUAAUCCGACUCUCACACCCAAUCCAUCAUUUUGUGCGGCGCAAUACAACCUGCUCAUUGCUACUUUCGCAAAUGCCCAACUCAUGGGACUGACUCUCGAUCUUCUCCAAGAGGAUCUUGCAUCUCAGUUCAACUUGGUCGGCCCAUCUUCGCUCCAUCUUCCACCAACCCUGUGGCCGUCUAAGUUACAGCGAAAGGUCCUUCACCACCCGUGGAUUGACCUGCUGCCAAUGUCAUCUAUGCGAGAAGGUAUCUUGUCCCGCUUGGAUACAAUCGACGAAGACGAGGCUUGUGGCGAUAUCUUCGGAAUGUGUUCAUCAUCCGGCGAUAGCGGAUUGCUGGUCUGGGGGGAGGCUUGGGAUCCACUUGCAUAUGAAGCGUCACCAGAUCUGAUCCGAAAGUGGUUUUGGAUAGCUAAAGAGUGCCCCGAUGUGAUCAAGUCUACUAAUUACUGGAGGCGGCGGCGGGGAGAGAAGGCGCUUGUCAUUGAAGAAGAGUGA